GAAGAGAUUGAGGAGAUCAGUAAUUAUUAAUUAUUACCUGAUCUUGAUCGAACGGACAACUGGUAGUCAGUAAUUUACCCUAUCAUUAUUAUAUAAUAUACUUGCCUAAUUGGUUAAUUACAUGAAUGACUGAAUCCGAUUUCUUCACAUCCCCCCUACAUUAUUAAAGACGCUAAUAAUAACAAUACUGUGGUUAUCAAAUUAACUGUUCAAAAAACACCACGUGACACUUUUAACUUUGUUCAGAGUAGUCGUCUUUUAAACAAAACAAAAAAAAGCCAAAAAAAUACAAUCUCAACUCUGAUUGGUUAACUUAUAUUAACCAAUGGAUGAAACAACCAAUCAGAAAGUAGAAUCAUUUACAAACAGACCACUUGCUUCGUUAGUGAACAGUCGGUCACAAGACGAAGUGAAUAAAGCAGCAUAUAAGAGUACGGUGAAUGAAUCAUACGCUAACAACAAACAUCACAAUACUGCUAUAAUAACAAUAGUAAUGAUCGUGGUUUCUUCGGUGGAUCAUUAGACAGUCGUCAACAGCAUCACCAACAUCAUCACCAUCAUACUAAUAUUGCUACUAAUCUAUCCUCCUCUUCAUCAUCCUCGUCUAGUGUAAAGGAUUUAAAAUAUAAUAAUAAUAAUUCUGGCAAAUCAACUGUAACUACAAAUAUCAUUAGUAGUAGUAGUAAUAGUAAUAAUAAUAGUAGUAGUACUCAAAAGCAUGGUUUAAUUAAAAAACUUUUACAUCGUGGAAAUUCAAGUAAUAACAAUACUUCUGGUGGUCAUAGUAGCAGUAGCCAUAAUAAUAAUAAUAAUACUAGUGGAAGUGUUGAAAAAUUGAAAAUUUUGGAAUUUCGAUCACAUCGUCGUCCACAGACAGGCGAAAAUUCACCAACUUCACCAAAAGUUAUGGGGAAUGUUCAUCAGGGUAACGUCCAUGGACAAAUUCCUGGCUUUGGAAGUAGUACUAGUGGUCCUAUAAAACAUCCAUCAGAUGAAACUGCAAGCAAUAAAUCAUAUAAAACAACAACCACACCGAUUACAAAAUCACAUCAUAAACAAUUAACACAGAAUCCUCCUUCAAGUAAUCCACAUUCAUCUGGUUAUCAUACUACUACUACAUCAAAAAAUAAUCCACCUACUAUUAAUAGUAAUAUUGUUAAUGGAAGUGUUAAUCCAAUGUCACCAACAAAAUCAUCAGAGCAUGAGACGACAACAAUUGUCCAACUACAAGAAACAAUUGCUCAUUUAAAAUCUGUUAUUAGAGCAAAAGAUCAAAGAAUACAAGAACUUGAAAGAGAUAAAGAUAAACUACGUUCUGUGUUGCAUCAACAAUUGACAAAUAGUUGGGAAGAAUCAAAUCUCUCGCCGUCAGCUGAUAAUUCAAAAGUUAUUCGUGAAGAUCUUUUACCUAUUAGUGAGGACGCACCAGCCGGUACCGCUACUUCUGAUGCUGCCGCUGCUUCUGCUACUACCGAUACUACUAUUAUCAUUUCAGCUAAUGCUACUACUACUACUACAGUUACUGAUACUGGUGAUCAUAAAAAAGAUCAAGAUGAAUCACACAGUCCUUCAUCAUCGACUUCAUCAUCUACAGCCGCUGGAUCACCAUCACUGCCUAAUACUGAUGUGACUACACCACCACCGCCUGCAGCUGCAAUAUUACUACGUAAACGUUUAGGUGUAUCUGGUGAAUCGAUGAAAUGUGCUCAAGAAUUAGUUUAUCAUGAUAAAGAUGCACAUUCACGUCGACAAAUACGUGAAGCAUUAAGAAGUAAUGAUUUAAUCAAGAAUUUAGAUGCUGUUCAAAUACAAGAAGUUGUUUCAUGCAUGUACGAACAAACAGUUGCAGCCAAUUGUUACAUUAUUCGUGAAGGUGAUGAUGGUGGACAUUUAUAUGUUGGUGCAGAGGGUGAAUUUGAAGUUUCCAAAGGCGGUAAACGUUUGUAUGUUAUGGGAGCUGGUCGGUGUUUUGGUGAAUUGGCACUUUUAUACAAUUGUAAACGUACAGCAUCUGUAAAAGCUGUAACUGCUGCACGUGUAUGGGUAUUGGAAAGAGCCUGUUUCCAAACUAUUAUGAUGAAAACUGGUCUGGAGCGUAUUGAAGAACGUAAAGCAUUUCUUCGAAGUGUACCAUUGCUUAAAGAUUUAUCACCGAAUCGUAUACUACGUAUAGCCGAUGCAUUAGAAGCACAAUAUCAUUCAGCUGGAGAUUGUAUAAUUAGACAAGGUGAAUUGGCAGAUAGCUUCUUCCUUAUUCAAUCUGGAAAGGUUCGAGUUACCAUAUCUUCAUCACAAAGUGGUUCUAUGGAAAAUAAAGAAACUGAAAUAAGACAAUUAGUGAAAGGUGAAUAUUUCGGUGAAAAAGCUUUACUCGGUGAAGGUCGACGAACAGCUAAUGUCUAUGCUGUUGGUCCUGGUGGUGUAGAAGUAUUAUGCUUAUAUAGAAAGGACUUCUUAGAAUUGAUUGGUGAUAUACAAGAGUUGAAAAACAAGGAAUACGCUGAUGAAGAAACACGUCUACUUAGUCAUGGGUCAUUAUCGAAAAAAUUAUCCUCUGGUCCAGAUAUAAAAGAUUCAACAAAAAUGUUAGAUUUAGCUUCUACAACAAAAAGUCAAGAUGGAUUACAUGCAACCACAGGGAAAUCAUUACUGCCUGCAAGUUUAGCACUUACACCCAAGAUACAAUGUAAUAUACAAUUAAAAGAUUUAGAACGUAUAUGCGUAUUGGGUGUUGGCGGUUUUGGUCGAGUAGAUCUGGUGACAUUAGCCCAUGACAGAACUCAAGCCUUCGCUUUGAAACGCUUACAAAAGGCGCAUAUUGUACAGACACGACAACAAGAGCAUGUUUAUUGUGAAAAGCUUAUUCUAUUGUCAGUCUCAUCACCGUUUAUUUGUCGGUUGUACAACACAUAUAAAGAUAAUAAAUAUGUCUAUAUGCUGUUGGAAGCGUGUUUAGGCGGUGAAUUAUGGACUAUAUUACGUGAUAGUCAUCAUCUUGAAGAGCGUACAGCAAGAUUUUGUAUGGCAUGUUGUAUUGAAGCGCUAGAUUAUCUACAUCGUCAUGGAAUUGUAUAUCGUGAUUUAAAACCAGAGAAUAUGCUUGUCACAGCAAAAGGUUAUAUAAAAUUGUGUGAUUUUGGAUUUGCAAAAUAUAUUGGAAUUGGUCAAAAAACAUGGACUUUCUGUGGUACACCAGAAUAUGUUGCACCAGAAGUUAUUCUUAAUCAAGGACAUGAUUUUGCUGCAGACUAUUGGUCAUUGGGUAUUUUAACAUUUGAAUUAUUAACUGGAGCACCUCCAUUUCAAGCUUCUGAACCAAUUAAAAUCUAUAUGAAAACUUUAAAGGGUAUUGAUGCUUUAGGCUUAGCACAGAAUAAAUAUAUCAGUUUAAAAGCAUUACAAUUUAUUCGACGAUU